GGGAGGCGGGCCGCUUCAUCGCGGCCGAAGCAGCGCCGAGCCCCUAUAGGCUAUGAACAGGAUCCGGAUCCACGUUCUGCCGUCCAACCGCGGCCGCCUCACCCCCAUCCCGCGGCCUCAGGAGCCGCAGUGCUGCGCCUUCAGCCAACGGCAGUGCUCCCAACCCCGCCUGGAGGGCCACGACUUCUGCAUCAAACACAUCCUCGAGGACCGCAGCGCGCCCUUCAAGCAGUGCAGUUACAUCUCAGCCAAGAAUGGCAAACGCUGCCCCAACGCUGCCCCCAAACCGGAGAAGAAGGACGGAGUGUCCUUCUGCGCUGAGCACGCCCGCAGGAACGCGUUGGCGCUCCAGGCUCAGCUGAAGAAAUCCAACCCUGGACCCGUGAGUGAGACACUGCUGUGCCAGCUCAGCUCCUACGCCAGGACAGAGCUGGGCUCCCACAGCACCGACAGCGGCCGCAGCGAGGCCAGCCGCAUCCUGGAUGAGGACAGCUGGAGUGAUGGCGAGCAGGACCCUAUCACAGUGGAUCAGACGUGGAGGGGGGACCCGGACAGCGAGGCUGACAGCAUCGAUAGCGACCAGGAGGAUCCCUUGAAGCACGCCGGCGUGUACACGGCUGAGGAGGUGGCCCUGAUCAUGAGGGAGAAGCUGAUCCGCCUGCAGUCGCUGUACAUCGAUCAGUUCAAGAGGCUGCAGCACCUCCUGAAGGAGAAGAAGCGGCGCUUCCUGCACAGCCGCAAGGCAGAGCACGACGCUGUAGGCAGCAGCCUCCUGACGGGGCCUGAAGGGCUCACGGCCAAGGAAAGGGACAACCUGAAGCGCCUCAAAUGCCUGCGGCGCUACCGGCAGCGCUACGGCGUGGAGGCUCUGCUGCACCGGCAGCUGAAGGAGCGCAGGGUGAUGGCGACCGACGGCGCGGCCCAGCAGGCUCACACCACGCGCUCCAGCCAGAGGUGUUUGGCCUUCGUGGACGACGUGCGCUGCUCCAACCCCUCGCUGCCCAUGGCCCGGCACUGCCUUACUCGUAUCCUUCCAUCCUGCUGUGCACUGGGACCCCCUGCCCAUGGAUGCCAGCUGAGCUCGGACACCCCCAGGGCACGGCUGGGCACCGGGGACGGACACGGGGACCCCCCAGCCCACCCACUGCAGGUCCCGCACUGCGGAUCCCACGCUGGGCUUUGCAGAGCAUGGAUUGGGGCUGGAGGAUGGAGCGGGUCCUGCACGCUGCUGUGUCCCCUCAGCUGCUGCAGCUCAGGAGCUGCUCUGCGUCACAGCAGUGGUUGUGGGACCCCCACCCCAAGGGUCACGCUGUGGCCAUACUGCACUUUCCCCUUGACCCCCAUCUCAGACAUCUGCCAGGACACCAACCAGACGCUGUUCAAACCGUGCCAGGGCUCCGAGGAGGUGCCCUGCAACAAACCCGUUCCCAUCAGCCUCUCAGAGGAGCCCUGCUGCCCGCUGCACCUCCGCCUGCCCCCGCAGAUGUACGUCCCCGAGCAGGUGCUGGCUGUGCCCGAGGAGCUGGAGGCGGCCCCCACCGACCUGUACCUGAGUGCUGCAGAGCUGCAGCCCACCGAGAGUUUGCCCCUGGAGUUCAGCGAUGACCUGGACGUGGUGGGUGAUGGCAUGCAGUGCCCCCCAUCCCCGCUGCUCUUCGAUCCGUCCGCCGCCCUCGCUCCGUCCAUCCGGGAUGUGGCUGAAGCCCCCAUUGACAUUUUGGCCCUGGAGGACCCCCCUCACGCCGCCGUCCCCCCCCCACACGUGGCACCCACAGACAGGGGGACCCACAGCUUCGCCACGGCUGCGGUGUCACCUGCACAGAGCGCCCCGCGCCCCGAGGACCCCCCCAAUGGGACCCUGCAGCCCUCGGCUGUCAGCUGAACCCACAGCCCCCCCCCGGGUGAGUGGGGGAGGGGGGGGUUGGGGUGACCCCCCCAGCGGUGACCCCCAGCACCGGGGAUGGGGGGGGUGGCGCUGUCCCAUGCGGUGUUGUUGGUGUGGGAGGGGGUGCCACUCCUAUCCCCCCCCCCAAUAAAGACAUUGGAUGGGA